UCAGGACGAAAGCCCCUCAUCCGAAAAAUCUGAUGUCAUCUUGCCGGCAAUAUUUUCCUCUCUGUCUGUAUUUUCAAUUUCAAUCAUAUUCCACUCCAUUACAGAUAGUGUGUGUAAUUGGUGAAGGGUGUAGUAGACUGUGUGUCGUUUGUUUCUGUUUGCACCCACAUCAUGCAUCUCAAUGGAGCAGCAGCAGCUGAUCUAGACGGCUUGUUUUGUUGAAUGAAGGUGGACGCUUAGGACACAACAGGUUAUUAGCGUUUUUAAAGGAGAUAAAUACGAUGUCUGCGAGAGAAAGACUGAAAGAGAAGAUGGUAAAAGAGAGCGUGACACUGCUGCCAUGCUUUUAUUUCGUGGAGCUUCCUCUCCUGGUCUCAUCUGUGGUCAGUGUGUAUUUCCUGGAGUGGACGGACAUUUUCAAACCGGUCCGCUGGGGUUUCAGCUGCCACGACCGCAGUCUGAGUCUGCCUUAUAUCGAACCCACGCAUGAGGUUAUUCCCUUCCUCAUGCUCCUCAGCCUCACUUUCGCAGCUCCUGCUAUUACGAUCAUGAUCGGAGAGGGGAUUCUGUUCUGCUGUCUGUCGCGAGCGCAGUGCGGAGGUGGAGCUGAAGCCGAUAUCAAUGCGGCCGGCUGCAACUUUAACUCUUUCGUCCGGCGAGGUGUCAGGUUUGUGGGCGUUCACGUGUUUGGCUUAUGUGCCACUGCUUUGAUUACCGACAUCAUCCAGUUGUCGACGGGUUACCCCGCCCCUUACUUCCUGACUGUCUGCAAGCCCAACUACACUUACCUCAAUGCCUCCUGUGAAGAAAGUUUCUUCAUCCUGGAGGACAUCUGCUCAGGAUCUGACGCUGCUGUCAUCAACGCCGGCAGAAAAUCCUUCCCGUCACAGCAUGCAACACUGGCAUCCUUUGCUGCCGUGUAUGUCUCGAUGUACUUCAACAGCACGUUGACGGACUCAUCCAAACUGCUGAAGCCUCUUCUGGUCUUCUCCUUUAUUAUCAGUGCCAUCAUAUGUGGCCUAACCCGCAUUAUUCAGCACAAGAACCACGCCAUUGACGUUUACCUGGGCUUCCUGCUUGGAGGGGGCAUCGCUGUUUACCUAGGUUUGUUUGCUGUAGGGAACUUUCAACCGAGCAAGGAGAAAAGGACAAGUCAGUUUCACAUUCGGGAUUCUCAUCGAACUAUGGCUGACCUGUGUCAUCAAGGUCACCACCUCCCUGCCAAGAGCUGCAGUGGCAGUGACGGCCUCUCAUCUUCAUGCUCCGAUGGCAUCCUACACCGCAAUGCCCAACACCACCAGGCAGGACCUCCAAGCAGCCUGAAAAAAACUCGCAGAGAUGUGGAGGUCAUUAAUACUCGCAGCCCUCCACACAAGGAGAACAUGGUGACCUUCAACACUUUGCCGAGAGUGCAUACGCCCGCCAUGGACGAGUCUGCCUUCCGGAACGCCACCAUCCACACGUCCUCGGUAGAUUCGAGUCGAUCCAAGCAGCUGCUGUUGCAAUGGAAGAGUAAGAAUGAGAACCAUAAACAUUCCCUGCAUGCCAUGGAAGGUGGACCAGGACAGUCUCCUCCAAACUGCAUGGAUGUCCGCUACAAUUCUGAACCCUCAGCUGUGGGGAUCAACGGUGAACAUCAGGGACCUGGAACCCCAUAUCUAAAAAUGGCAUCUGGAAGUACAACACUUCCAAGCAACCCCAGCGGAAUUGCUGGCGGUGCUCGGAUAGCCAUCCAGUCUCGACCUGGUUCCUCGCAGUUGGUCCACAUCCCAGAGGAGACGCAGGAGAACAUGGGCGGCUUGCCAAACAACUCCCGUGACAAAUGGCUGAAAAGCAUGGAGAGGACUGUGGAGAAGGGCGGUGAGGUACCGGUGGUUAGGACUAACUCUAAUGGCCAGCCGCGCAUCAUGCAAGUCAUUGCGAUGUCCAAGCAGCAAGGUCUCCUGCAGGGAAGCUCUCCCAGUUCUGAGAGCAGCAGCCACACCAGCUCCACAGCACCGCUCCAGCGCUACAAGAGCCUAACUGAGGAGUCUGGAGGUCAAGGCAGCACUGGAGCCAUCAUUCGGGUGGAAGCCCAUCCGGAGAACGGCCGACCCCUGGUGCAUGCGCACUCCACGGAUGGAAGUGGCUCCUGGACGUGGAAGUCCCAAAGCAGCUUAAGACAGUCAUUUGAGCUUAACGACUUGAAUCGGGACUCGGAGAGCUCUGAAUCCGUGAGAGAUGGGAACAGUUCUACAGACAAAAAGAGCUCUACGGACAGAAAGAAGAAUGGCUCUAAUGCUCCUAAACCCGUCGCUGUGCCAACUGUCCCAACUGUCCCUAUUGUAUCUACAGCAGGCAGUAACCACCAUCCCAUCCAGACCAUUUCCACCAUCCGGGUCACUCCCAUGGAAAUGAAUGAAACUGGUCCUGGGAGCCACGACUCCAGCUUGCGUAGAAAAACCAGGAUUCUCAUCCCUGAAAGAGGAAACAGUCCAGAUAAUACCAGGAACAUUUUUUACAAGGGAACAUCCACCACCCCUGUUUUUAAAGAGUAGUCAGUCAUUAUCUUGACAAAACAAACAAAUGAAGAAACCAGAAGAGGUUGGGUGUUUUUACAUAGACACAUUUGCUAUGUUUUACACAGUUAUGCAUGAGAUGAUUCACUGACUUAUAUACUUAUAAAUAUAUACAUGACAGAAAGAAAAGCACAAAAUCCAGGUUUUGGUCGUAAUUCUGUUUACUUUUGUGGUAAUAACAUUGUAAACAUAUGACAGUAUAUCACAUGGAAAUGGUCUUACCUUUUAUGACACACUGUGAAGAUGAAACUGUGACUGUGCCAAGUUUGAACUGCAACACUGUAUUCAAGUAUUUAACAUCACAGAUAUCUAAAAGAUUUUUCAUAUAGUCAUAAUUUCAUAUACAUCAUUCACUUAUUCACACAAUGAUAACUAUGCUUGCUAGCUGAAACUCUUAUUUUUGUAUUCUGUAAAUAACUUUUAAACUUGGUGCUGCCCAAUUCUA